AACGGUGUUGGGAACGGAACGGAAAGGGCCGGGGCGAGCGAAACCCUAAACGGGGCGAGGCAGGGGUUAAUCGGAGAAGCUUGGAACCGUGGUUCCUCUUUCGCCUUCGCGCACUUCGCUUAGCCCCCCUCCCAUCGGAUCGCCAGCACCAUGAAGCUCAACAUCGCCAACCCCACUACGGGGUGCCAGAAGAAGGUUGAGAUCGAUGACGACGCUAAGCUUCGCCAAUUCUACGACAAGAGAUUGGCCCAGGAGGUCAGCGGUGACCAGCUGGGAGAUGAGUUCAAGGGGUAUGUCUUCAAGAUCAUGGGAGGCUGCGACAAGCAGGGUUUCCCAAUGAAGCAGGGAGUUCUCACUCAAGGCCGUGUGCAGCUCCUGAUGCACAGAGGGGUCUCUUGCUUCAGGGGAUACGGGAGGCGCAACGGGGAGCGGAGGCGUAAGUCCGUGAGGGGAUGCAUCGUUAGCCCAGACCUCUCGGUGUUGAACCUGGUUAUCGUCAAGCAAGGUGAUAAUGACUUGCCUGGACUCACUGAUAUUGAGAAGCCCAGAAUGAGGGGUCCGAAGAGAGCCACCAAAAUACGCAAGCUCUUCAAUCUCACCAAGGAGGAUGAUGUGAGGAAAUACGUUAAACGUGGUGGCAUGAACGUGAGGGACGGAGGGAGGGGAGGUUUGCGGAACGGUGUUGGGAACGGAACGGAAAGGGCCGGGGCGAGCGAAACCCUAAACGGGGCGAGGCAGGGGUUAAUCGGAGAAGCUUGGAACCGUGGUUCCUCUUUCGCCUUCGCGCACUUCGCUUAG